CUGUCUCUCCACUGUCGUCAACCUCUCCGUAUAUGGGUAUGUAAUAUACUGAAGAAUACGCCAAUUGACACUCAAUAUUUUAGCUGCUAAAGGCGAGAGAGGCAGGCACUUCGUUCAAUCCAAAGCGUACAAAGAAGCUUUUCGCUAUUGUUGCUUGUUCUGAUAAAGUUCUUUUGGGAUUAUUAGAAAUAUAUGGAGAGCACCUGAGUUCAGUAUAGCCGACAUUUUUGUUGGUCUUUUACUUAGGUUGCUAGAAAGAUGGAGUCUUCCUCUAAUAGCGAGGAACCCCCUUCUUGGGAAGAGCUUUAUAAUAUCAAUUUGAUGCCAUCGGAGUUGUUUUUCAAGUUUAGGAAGGAAAUUCAGGGGCUUCGAGUUGGUGUUAAUUUAGAGUUCUAUAACGCUCCAAUCAAUGAGUUUCAAGCCAAGCUUGUUUUCAAACCCUUAUCCCCUGAACGGCAUUGGAAGUUCAUAUAUGAGCCUAUACACCAAGAUGUGCGCGUCCUUUCCAAGAAGAUUCCCAUAACCAAAUUUCUAAAUCUUCAGGUCGGUAUAGGCCAUAAUUUUCAGUUGCAUGCUACUGGUUGGAAAUGGAAGCUUACUACCUGCUUUGGCGGUGAUGGCAUAUCUCGCAUCCGGAACAAGACAACACUUGGGUUGUUCCCUGGAAUGGAUUUUCGGUUUGGUUGGAGGGCAGAUUAUGUUCUUCCAGAACUUACAGGAGCUUUGGGUACUGGUGAGCCAUUGUUCAACAUGAGUACAGGAAAAUUACAAGCAUCUCUGGAUAGAGUGGAGGCUAUUGUAACCCAUACAUCAUGACUGGUACCACUUCAAAAGGUAGUAUGCCAUCUUUGUUAGAUAUCUUGUUUUUUUUGAACUUUCAUAUAUCAUAAAUACAUUAUUUAUAAUUUCUAUUGGCAAUAGUGGUCAUGCCUCUUCUUUUGCAUUCUUCCCUCUCUUGCUUCUUCUAUUCCUUAUGUUUUCAAGUAUCAUCUUAUUUCAUAUGUCCUGCUUUUUUGAGAAAUUUAUCAUUUUGUUUUGCGGUUUCUAAGUUGUUCAAUUUAUCUAAAGUUCUCGUAAACUCUUCCAACGUACUUCGGAUGGUGAUAAUAUCAAACAAUUUCUGGGUUCAUUGUUUUUUAAAAAAAUUCACAACAUUCUACUUUUAACUUACCAAAAAUUUGUAUUCCACGGGAUUGGCUGGAGAAAUAUAUGCAACUGUGAAAUGCUAUUGUAGCAUGACCUGAAAGAUGCUGCCCGAGUUCUUCAUGAAAGAUGGUAUCUGAAAUCUUCUGGUCAACGCGAUCAAAUGCCUAUUGAUUAAAAUGUACAAUAAUGAUAUUAGAAUAGUUCCUUUUGAAGAGUUAUGUUCAGUUCUUUUCCCUUUUUUUUUUUUUCAUUUUUUCAUUUUUUUUUUCUUUUUUUCUUUUUUGUUUUUUUGGAAUAUGAAUACAUUUGCGCAUGGAUUGGGAACUAUAUAGCCUUGAAUCCAGGUUUAUUCUUUAAUAAUAAAAGAAAUAUUAUGCGA